AUGAGGCCUGGAAGCAGCCUGGGGUUUGCUCUUUUCUGCUGGGUUUUUGGGGAGGUGGUUGCUUACACCCCUUGGGGCCUCCUUAGAGGGGAGGCAGAGCUAUGGAGGUACGGAGGAGAUCCUUCCUUGGGGCAGCCCCGUGCCUUUUCCCAGCCCUGGGCAUGGGUGGAUGUCUCCCAGCUCCAGGCUGCGGCCCCGCUGCACCCCGUGGCCGUGCAGUGCCAGGAGGCGCAGGUGGUGGUCACGGUGCACAGGGACCUCUUUGGCACGGGACGCCUGGUCAAGGUUGCAGAGCUGACCCUGGGCUCGGCUGCCUGCCCGCCUGUGGUCUGGAGCACUGCUGAGCCCACGGUGACCUUCAUGGCUGGACUGCACGAGUGUGGCAGCACCCUCAAGGUGACCCCUGAUGCUCUAGUCUAUAGCACGAGCUUAAAUUACAAGCCAGUUCCUGCUGGCAACCCUGUCAUUGUCCGUACCAGCCCUGCAAUGGUGGCUAUUGAGUGCCACUACCCAAGGAGGGACAAUGUGAGCAGCAAUGGUGUUAAGCCCACGUGGGUGCCCUUCCACUCCACACUGUCUUCUGAGGAGAAGCUACCCUUUUCUCUGCGCCUCAUGAACGAUGACUGGAGUGCCGAGAGAGUCUCCACCAUAUUUCAACUGGGAGAUGUCCUCCACUUCCAAGCUGGUGUCAACACAGAGAACCAUGCACCUCUGAGGCUCUUUGUGGACAACUGUGUGGCCACCCUGGCCCCAGACAGGAGCUCUUCUCCCCAGUAUGCUUUCAUUGACUUCAGUGGGUGCCUGGUGGAUGGGCAACUGGAUGAUGCCACAUCGACUUUUAUAUCCCCAAGACCCAGGCAAGAUGUGCUUCAGUUUGCAGUAGAUGCAUUCAAAUUUGCAGGAGACUCCAGCAAUCUGAUCUACAUCACCUGCCAUCUGAAGGUCUCCCUGGCUGACCAAGCUCCAGAUCCUCUGAACAAGGCUUGCUCCUUCAACAAAGCUAGCAACCUCUGGGCUCCUGUGGAAGGCACCCAGGAUGUCUGCUCCUGCUGUGAGAUGAGGAGCUGUGGUUUGGCCAGGCCCUCCAGGAGGCUCCACACUCCCUCCCGAUGGCAAGGAGGACGUGCCCGGAGAGAACUGCCCUCCCAGCUUGAUCCCUCGGUGAAAGAAGCAGAUGUUGUAGUUGGACCUCUUUUCAUCCACAGCUGGCAGGAUCACCAAGUUAGAAGGAUGCCUUCAAAAGAUGUGGAUCGCUUGUGGAUGAUACUGGGGCUGGCUGCAGUUGCUGGUUUGAUCAUCCUGAUCCUUGCUGUUCUAGGAGCUCUGACUGUCUGCCGGAAACCCAGCCACCCCGUUUAA